UUUAAAGAGAAUCCAAAUAAUAGAACUUAUAUAAUUAUAGCUCAUCCAUUUUGUCUGCCAUGUCGGUUGCAGCAAAUACUAUUGUUUUCAUAUUUGUUUGAAAUUUCUUAUAAUUGUACUUUUUAUUUGCAUUCACACAAAACUUUUAUUUCACUGAUUGGAUGGAACCCAUCAAGUAGUGGAGCUAAUACCAUUCACACCACCUUUACUCUGUGCUACAAUUGCAAUAUACAAAAUAACCACGUUUUUCUUGCUGUCUGUCCACACCUUUGGUCUAUUAAAUAUCUCACCAUCUCAUCACAAUAAUUAUUAACACACCUUCAUCUUGAUCUUGUUCUUGAUCUCCUUCCACACGUUUACAUCAUCACCAUGGCUGCUCCUUCUUCUGAUUCCAUACCUUCUGUCAACAAAGCUUGGAUUUACUCCGAUUAUGGAAACUCCUCCGAUAUCUUGAAGCUUGACCCCAACGUACCAGUUCCUCAACCUAGAGAUGAUCAGGUUCUCAUCAAGGUUGUGGCUGCCUCCAUUAACCCUAUUGAUUUCAAGAGAAUGCAUGGUCUCUUAAAAGCUGUCGAUGACCUACCUAUUGUUCCUGGUUGGGAUGUUGCUGGUGUGGUUGUAAAGGUGGGAAGCCAAGUAAAGAAGUUUAAAGUUGGGGAUGAAGUUUAUGGAGAUAUAAAUGAGACAGGAACAGUAAAGCCAGAAAAGUUUGGUACUUUGGCUGAGUACACUGCUGCAUCAGAGAAAGUUUUGGCUCUCAAACCAAAGAAUCUUAGCUUUGUGGAAGCUGCUAGUCUUCCUUUAGCUAUGGAGACUGCCUAUGAGGGUCUUGAACGAGGUGAGCUUGCUCCUGGUAAAUCUGUUCUGGUUCUAGGAGGUGCUGGUGGAGUUGGUACUCACAUUAUUCAGCUUGCAAAACAUGUUUUCGGUGCAUCGAAAGUGGCUGCUACAGCCAGCACUGCGAAACUGGACUUGUUGAGGAGCUUGGGUGCUGAUUUAGCUAUUGAUUACAAAAAAGAGAAUGUUGAAGAUGUUCCUGAGAAAUUUGAUGUGAUAUUUGAUACAGUUGGCCAAGUUGACCAAGCUGUGAAGGUCCUGAAAGAAGGUGGAAAGAUUGUGACAAUAGUAGGCCCUGCGCCUGAAGCAAUCUUCUUUUUUCUGACUUCAACUGCUACAACUUUGGAGAAGCUUGAGCCUUAUUUAGAGAGUGGUAAGGUGAAGCCAUUGAUUGAUCCCAAAGGCCAGUUCCCUUUUUCCAAGACAGUGGAGGCAUAUUCCUACCUCGAGACUUCCAGAGCUACAGGGAAGAUUGUAAUCCACCCUAUCCCUUAAGUAGAAAGCUCGAAGCUAUUUGUUUGCUAUUUCAAAACUUCAAGUCCUUGUUUGUUUAUUAUGUACAUCAGCUUGAGAAGAAAAUAAAUUAAAGCUAGUUGUAACUUUGUGAA